UCAGUAAACCCUACUUCUAGUAAACAAGAGCUACAAGAAGAGAGGUCAGAGGUGAUUAGCAGAGCAGAGGACACAGGAUCCAGUAUGGACAGGAACAUGUUAGCAGGACUUGAAGGUCUUCCUGAGCAGGACAAGGCCCGAAUGACUGCCAUGAUUGAUCACCUUCAAUUACGUGACAGUUUAAGGAUGUACAAUUCCCUUGUGGAGAGAUGCUUCAAUGACUGUGUGGAUAACUUCACACGCAAAAAUUUACAGAAGCAAGAGGAGACCUGCGUCAUGCGAUGUGCUGAGAAGUUUUUGAAGCAUUCAAUGCGUGUUGGCAUGAGGUUUGCGGAGCUUAACUCACAAGCACCCACAGAAGAAUAGAGUACGCAGAAAAAACCAUAUAUGGGGUCAAGAAAUCAUUUUGUUUAUUCCUGUAUUGUUAUUUUUCUGCAUCUUCCUCUAAAGGAAAACACCCCCCAAGUUUGCAGCGGGAUGGAUGAUCUUCAUUGUUUUGUGAAGAAGAAUUGCAAUUAGUUUAUCCUCAGUAGAAAUGAAUAAUUGAAUUGAUAUA